UCACCGCUGACGUCAGACCUACGCAGUACGGUAGUUACAUCACGUUGACGGCUCGCCUCUUCCUCUACACUACGUGCGAUCUGAAGCUCUGAAGACUGCUAAACAUUUUAGGGACAUUUUGUUUUCAGGCGAUACAUUUGACGACACACCCCGUUAACAGUCAAGAUGUCUGAUUAUGAAGAGAAUGAAUCCAAGUUCAUGCGAAAGGCAAAGGAGAAUCCAUUUGUCCCAGUGGGAAUGGCUGGAUUCUUUGCCAUUGUGGCUUGGAGACUGAUGAAAAUGAAAAAUCGUGGCGAUACAAAAAUGUCAGUUCACCUGAUUCACAUGCGUGUAGGUGCCCAAAGCUUUGUGGUUGGUGCCAUAACCAUUGGGGUUCUGUAUUCAAUGUACAACGAUUACAUUGUGAAACCCAGAGAAGAACAGAAAGCCUUGAAAGAAAAGUGAACAUGGACUCUAAGAUGGACAUUUGAUAUCCCUUAAUAUUACCUCAUGUUAAGGUGUGUCGAAGGUUUACUUUUUACAGAUGUGAUAUAUUUUGUUUGCACACAUCCCGUUUAGCAGCUCACCUCUACUGUAAAUUGGUCUAUCCAAUUGAGUACCUCUAAUGCCUAUCCUCUAAUGCCUCCGUUUCACUGACUCAACUUACUUUUGUUUCCUUUACUCAAUUUCAAAUUGUACCGCUGAAAGAAUCGCCUCAUUGCAGGUUGGAUACUCCACUGAUCGGCAUAGCAGAAUUGUGUGAAUCUGCUGUCAGAUCAUCAACAUGAGAUUUUCGGGAUCUUUUCUUUUUCCCCCAAAUAGAGGAAUGUUUGCACUUUGUAAAAUGUCUUCAGGUUCAGCCAAUUGUUUUAGGGGUUUGAGUGAAUUAAAUAAAAGCGGUAUUACUAUUUAUUGAUGUUAUCUUGGCUAUUUAAAAUAAGGCAGGUUUGAGGUUGUAGUGAUGAUUUUUGCAAACCAAUUAGUGUUCUGGAGUGUUUUAACUCCACCUAUUAUUUUCAGCUCUUCCAGAAGAAGUGUGUUAAAUAUCAAAAACAACUAAGUUGGACUAGUUCCAAUCUUUAUUCCAGACUCAAGGUCCAUAUCACACAAAAAGACAAAACACACAUCAAUAAAUAAGAUAAAAAGCUAAACAGAUAAAAACAAACAGAUAAAAACAUAAAAUCAGUCCAAUCACUAAGGCUAUAUUGAAAACAACCACCAAUAGGAAAUCAGACUUUUCUCUUCUUUUUUUCUUGGUCUUACACCAGCGAUUUAUCUUUAUGUAAUUAUGCAAGUAUUUUUGUCAAAUGGAAACUGAUUGCACCUUGGUCCACUUUCUUUUCAUUUUUUAAUGGACAUCCGAAUGCUUAAGGAGGUAUUUAAGGCUUUGCCAACAUCUGGUCUCAAACAAGGCCUGUGUUUAGACAUUAUGUAAACAACAAGGUCACAAAAGGUUUGCGACUCACCCAUAGGGACUCACCACAGUAUCGGUUAGUCACACAUUUAUAAACUAAUCACACAGAAAUUAAAGAAGGAACAAAACAGGAAACAAAACCACAAAUAUCCUUUGUGUAAAUAAAAUGUGUGAUUUAUUUAAUAGUUUUUACACAAAAUGAUUGCGAAGUCCAAGUCUUCUUCUUCUUCACAUUUGUCAUAAUCUUGUGAUACACUGUGGUCCAAUGUUUCACAAGAUUGACAAGUCUUCAUGGGACAUAUGAGACUAGGUUACUUGGGUACAUCUUCACACAAUUAAUGAUCAUUAUAUACUGUAGCCUACCUUGGGAUAUGCUUAAAUAGAUGCCUUGUUAUUUACCAAGUUAAGUUUUAAAUGUGUGAAAAUAUGGAAAUAUUUAUUUUCUGGAAAUGCAAAUAAAAGUCUUGUAAUUCUAAAA